GCGAUUUGGAACUUAUUUCAGUGAUUUUGGUAGGAACGUUGAAACGUUGAAUGGCACCACAGUAGCCAGCGGUAAUUCACGCACGUACACACAUACACUAAAAGAGUCGUAGACACAUACACACAUACACUCGCACAAUCGAGUAAAUGGUCACAAAUUGUUGUAAAUGGGAACAAAAGCGAGCAUUGAAAAGUGUUAGAAACGGAUUUUGAAGGCGAACAAAAAGGAAACGUAUUUUCAUUUCCGGUGGUGCGCUAACAAUACAUACAUAUAUAAUUUAGAAUUUGCUAAAGAAUUUUUGAAAAAUAAAAAACAGAAACAUAAAAUAUCCUUGAAAAAAAAAAUUUGGAUUUUGUUGUGAAAUAAUUGAAAAGUGUAGCCAGCAAGGAUUCGACUACGCACAGUGUGUUUAAAUGCUAUUUUAACCAGUUUCAAAAUAUCAAUUUGAACAAGUAAUUAAAAAUAAAUAAGAAAUUGCAAACACUAAAUGGAUAUAUAAAAUAUAUUUAAUAAAAAAAAUUAAUUACGAAAAGGAUAUUACUAAUUAAAAAUUCCUAAUGAAAUCAUCAGUGUGUUUAAAAAAUUAGAAAAAUAAUUAAAUUAAAAUAAAAACAAUUUCGCGUACCGUGGUGACCUUCAAGGAAGUUGUUUUUUUUAAUAAAAAAAUUAAGCAAAGCAAAUCUGCAAGUGCUGGAUUACGGAUUUCAGUGAGCUCAUUCUUCAACGUUUCAACUGCAGCAUCAAUUUUCAUUGGAUAUUGGUUGUUUGCCAACGCUUAUUUGGCAAUCAUUUCAAUUUCGCCUUGAACCAGUUUGGGCGAAAAAUAUUUGCAUAAAUCAGCUUUUUUUUUGGAAAAACACACAGAAAAUAUGGACUACUACAUCAACACAAUUUACGCUGGCUGGCGUGAUCUUAUGGACAACAAAUCCGAUCCGCGCACACGAGACUGGCCACUGAUGAGUUCACCCUUCCCCACCAUAGCGAUCAGUUUGUCCUACGCAUAUUUUGUGAAGGUAUUGGGUCCCAAAUUGAUGGAAAACAGAAAACCUUUUGAAUUGCGCAAAGUCUUAAUCGUCUAUAAUUUUGCGCAAGUGCUAUUCAGCGCUUGGCUAUUCUACGAGUCCUGCAUUGGCGGCUGGCUAAAUGGCUAUAAUAUCAGAUGUGAGCCUGUGGACUAUUCGGAUUCGCCGCGCGCGUUAAGGGUGGCACGAGGCUGUUGGUGGUACUACAUCUCGAAAUUCACCGAAUUCUUCGACACGCUGUUCUUUGUGAUGCGCAAGCGCUAUGAUCAAGUGUCAACGCUGCAUGUCAUCCAUCACGGCAUUAUGCCUUGCUCGGUUUGGUGGGGCGUGAAAUUCACACCCGGCGGUCACUCGUCAUUCUUCGGUUUUCUCAACACCUUCGUGCACAUUAUCAUGUACACCUACUACAUGUUGGCGGCGAUGGGACCCAAAGUACAAAAGUAUUUGUGGUGGAAGAAAUAUUUGACUGUCUUGCAGAUGAUACAAUUCGUUUUGGUUAUGGUGCACUCAUUCCAAUUGUUCUUCCGCAACGAUUGCAAUUACCCCAUUGGUUUUGCCUACUUUAUUGGCGCACAUGCGGCUAUGUUCUACUUCCUGUUCUCGGACUUUUACAAACAGGCAUAUCUUAAGCGCGAGCAGAAGAAGGAAAGAAUUGCCGCCAAUGGCAAGCUGAGCAAUGGCUAUGCAAAUGGCGCUGUAAAGUCAAAUGGUGAGCUGCCCAAGGAGAUCAAUGGCAAUCUUAAGGUGGAGGAUAAUAACAAAUUUGACGGUUACUAUAAGUCCACGUUGGCGUCGCAAUUGCCUAGUGACACAACAACAACAACGAGACAGCGGGUCUUCGCCACGGCGAAUUGAGUUAAUUUAUAAUAAAUCUAACUAAUAAUUUAAAAGAAAUCAAAACCAUUUUAAUGCAAACCUAAAAGUAAUAGAAAUGUAAUUUUAAGUUAUACGCGCUUAAGGCUUUUGUAGUUAUUUGUAUGAAUGUAUUUUAAUAAAAAACAA